AUGGAGGUGAAACAAGUUCUUCGUAUGAAUGGAGGUGAUAGCCAUAUUAGCUAUGCCGAAAAUUCUGCUCAUGAAAUGCUGAUUCUGUUGAAGGUGAAGACAAUUCUUCAAAACUCCAUGGAAUACUUAUUCAGCCGUACCCAAACGGAAUGUGCUAGGGUUGCUGAUUUGGGAUGCUCCUCUGGGCCAAACACUCUUCAGUCCAUCCUGGGAAUCAUACAAAGCAUGGACAAUUCUCUUUCCCGAAAUAUUACCAAUGAUGCUGAUCAUCAAAAACAACCUAUUGUUGUUCAAGUUUUCUUGAACGAUCUCUAUGGGAAUGAUUUCAAUACGGUCCCUGCUGGGUUGGUCUCCGAAUCGGGGAGCCAUUUGAAUGAAACAAGCAUUUAUGUCGAAAAAGGGGGUAACCCAAAGGUGCAACAAGCGUAUCUGGAUCAAUUUAGGAAAGACUUUACCAUGUUUCUGAAGCACCGGUAUGAGGAAUUGGUCCCAAACGGGCAAUUAUUCGCCACCAUCGUUGGUAAAAACGACGACGAAACUGACGGCCCUCAUGCUAUGAACAUAAUUGGAAGUGCCCUAAAUGACAUGGUACUGGAGCUCCCAUUGGAUGCCAGCGUACCACAAGAACACCUCAAGAAUGGAGGUGAUUUCAACGUCAGAGCUGCGCAUGUUUCAUCAUUCAUCAGAGCUGUUUUUGAACCAAUCUUAGAAAGCCAUUUUGGUGAUGCCAUUAUGAAUCAGUUGUUCCAAAGAUUUGCAACCAAGACAGCCAAGCUUCUUGAGGUGGGCAAAGGCAUCGUCCAUACUGUGGUCAUUUCUCUUGCCAAAGAAGAAAAGAAUAUGUAGGGAAAUGGAAUAAUGAUAAUGAUAAUAAUAGAAACAUGGAUUUCAAUAUGUGUCUUAUACUAGCAAAGUCAAUCAAAUGCCUUUUAUACUCCUUCUGUUCCAAAAACAAAGAUAUUAUCAUGACUCUUAUUUUUUGAAAUGAAAGAAGUACAUAAUUACGUAGUCACUCACUUUGUAAUAAAAAAAUAAAAUAAAAUUUCUCAUUUGGGGAAUACUUUUCUCUAAUGUACGUUUGAAGUGGAGAGUGGAGACCCC